AUGGCUGCGGACGGCGACCCCGAAACGAAUGGUGCCAACGGCACUGACGACCACAACGUCAAGAAGAAUGGCGUUCACGAACAUCAACACCGCGACUCAGAGGCGGAGGCUAUGGUUAUCGACUCCCUCCGAACACAGGUUCAGGAUCUCUUCACCCAGGUCACCCAGCUCAAUGGCAAGCUCGUCAAGUCCUACAAUCGAGUCUCCGACCUUGAGGAUGAGCUCCACGUCGCCACUGCCCAGCUCCGCUCUUCGUCCGCGAAGGUCUCCGAGCUCGAGCUCGAGCGGACGCAACACCUCGCUGCGCUCAACACCGGGCUCCUUGUCGAGAAGUCCCAUGUCACGACCGAACUCAACCGCCUCAUGGAGAAAGCCACGGAGGAAGCGGCUCAACGCGGGCAGGCGGAGAGUGCGCGCGCCGCGAUCGAGAAGGACCUCGAUGACCUCAGUGCCAGCCUCUUCGACCAGGCAAACACCAUGGUCGCCGAGGCUCGCUAUGAGCGCGCCCUCAGCGAGCGCAAGGUUGAAGAAGCCGAGCGCGCGCUCAAGACCGCGGAGGAGGCCGUCGCGAUGAUGCAGGCGCAAAUGCAGGAGCUGCAGGCGGAGAAGGAGGCAGCGAUGCUCCGCGCGCACGAAGCAGAGAUGCGUAUGGGCAAGGGCAAAUGGGUCGACCGCGGCCAGGACAUUGUCAAGCCAAUGCGUCUCCUCAGCUCGCACUCUCCGUAUCAGGAAUUCCUUCUCUUUGUUGCCCACCUCCGGACGAUACAUCCCCAAUCCCCCCAACCACCCGCCAUGACGACGCUGCUGCAACUCCCCUUCCUCGCCCGCAUUCAGACGGAGGACUCUGAACCCACACUUCGGCUCGAUAUCGCACCGUCGCUGAAUUGGCUUUCGCGACGCUCGGUGCUCGCUGCCAUUCACACUGGCCAGCUCACAAUCGAGCCCAUGUCUGCGGCCGCCUUCGCGCAGGAAGUACCCUCCGUCCUAAGCGGUGGUACUGUUUCCUGCGCUUUGUGUGGGACCAUCAUUUGCUCCGCGCCCGCAGAAACCUCGCAGAAGCCCCCACAACAUCCUUCAAUCUCCGGCCUGCCGCAGUUUAAUACCCGCUCGUGGUCCAGGUUCUCCAACCCCUUCGCUUCAGGAAACACGGGCAACUCGGCUAAUGGGGCGCCCUCACCUACACUACAGACCAUGCCGUCGCAAAUCUACAUCUUCCGCUUAACUUUUCCCGCCGGGACAUCUACCGGCCCUAUUGCGUCGAUGCCUCUGUCCCUGGGGAUUUCUACCGGUCCCGCAUCGCCUGGGCGUCCUCCAUCCUCCCUUGGCUCCCCACAACCGCACACCAAUGGACACACCCAUUCCCAUUCAAGCUCUUCCGGGACAACGACCGUCUACCCACUGUGUCCGGAUGGCUGGUGUCUCUCUCGCCUUCGCCGAACAUGCUCGUUAUGGUCUUUUGUCCGCACGAGCAUCGUCGACAAGGUCUGGGAGGAAGAAGUCCCAAAUCUCCCGUCGCCAACUAUGCCUGUGCCGCCCUCGGGUGAGAAGCCACCUGUACCUCCUCGUCGGCGUGGUCUGUGGGGUAUGGCGACAGCCUUGGGCGAGCGUGCUGCAAGCUGGACGGAGGGUUCUAAGACGCCGCAGAGCCCAUCGAAGAAGCCCAGCUUGGAGCGGGCACCAUCUUCGGAGAAGGCUCUUCCCGAGAAGGGCUUGCCUUCACCGCCUCCCGUGCACCCGACUUUGUCUGCGGCUCCAGCGGCGAAACCGCCUCCUCUGCCCCGCCGCAACGAGGCGCGCACGAGCUCGGACGAGCCGAACUCUGCUUCGGCGCCAUUGCCCACAGCCGUGCCGCCUCCGCUCCCUCGUCGACACGAAGCGCGCUCUCCUGCACCCAUCCCUGCACCUCCUGCUUCCCCGCGGGCAAUUCCGCUGCCCGAGUCCCGCCCUGGGACACCCAUGCGUAGGGACUCGUCCUCGCGCCCCGGGACCCCAACUGGUGGUAGUCCGCCCGUUUUGCCACCCCGCGCCGCGGCUCGUCGAAGCAUGAACUUGGGCACAACCCCACCUCCGCCACCACGGGCAGAGACACCAGUCACCCCUGGGGCCCCACCGCCUGUCCCGAGGCGCGCGGCGGCGCGUGGCCCGCGACCAAUGUCGACACACCUUCGGCGGGCAAGCGACAUGGCGGGAUCGCCAUUGGCUUCGGAGCGGCCAACGACGCCGGCACUGGAGGGUUCGUCCGAAGCCAUGGCCGCUGAGGCGAAGGAGGAAGAGAGGCCCGAACGGCAGCUGUCAACCCCGGCUUUGAAGGAAGAGAGCUCGUCUGACACUGACGCGGCGUUCGUGGACGCGCACGAGGAGCAACCGCACGAAGGGCGUGCUGAGCACAAGUCCCCUGAGCUCUCCGUGCCAGAGCCAGUAGCGGAAGCGGCCGAGGAGACUGCUGCCGAGGACAAGCCAGCCGAAUCCGUAUCGGUACCGGAAGAACCUGCGCAGGAGGAUACGGCUACAAUCCAACCUUCGCACCAGGACGCACCGGCUGCCUCGCCCGUCAUUCUAUCCCCGAUGCCGACACCUGCGCUUUCCCUCGCUCCUGCUGUCGAGCUCGAUGACGAGAAAGUUGCGGAUGUCGAUGCGGUCAAUGGCGUGAAUGGCGUCAACGGCAUUGCCUCGUCGGAGGAAGGCAGCGCGGAGGGCCAUGCCCAGGACGCGGAUGAGGAUGACAAGAAUACUGUGUACAUCGGCGAUGCAACAUGGGAGGAGAGGACGUGGAAGGAGCUGGUUCGGCUGCGCGAGGAGAUGUUCUGGGCGCGCAUUGGGCGGCGAUGA